AUGAAUAAAGAAAGAGAUAGAUUACCACCAACUUUAUCAAAUUAUAAAAAAUUAUUUACAGAAUCAGAAAGGAAUGGUCUAAGUAAAAGAUAUAAAAAAGUUGAUAUAGGGCCAACCUUAACAUUAUCAUUACAAAAACCAAUUUUAAAUUUAGAUCAUUCAAAUAUUUUCGAACAUUCAUUCCAUUGUUAUAAUCAAUUUUUAAAUCAAAUAACACCAUUAAUACAUUCUGUUUGUGUUUCAACUGAAAAUCAAGAUUCAAAAUUAACAAGAAAAAUAUUACAUGAUAUCCUAACAUUAAUCUCAACAAGUUGUUCUGAAAUUAGUAUCUUUAAAGAAAAAAUAAAUGAAUUAAAAGGGAAUAAUAAUAUUAAUAAUAAUAAUAAUAAAAUUGAAAAUGGUAAAGAUAAUAAACAAGAAAUAAAGAAAGAAAGAUUAGAGAUGAAAUUCAUCGAAAAAACUGAAAUAAAUGAAAAUAAAGAGGGUGAGAAAAUAGAUACACAACAACCACAACCACAACAACAACAACCACAACAACAACAACAACAACAACAACAACAACAACAACAACAACAACAACAACAACAACAACAACAGGUACAAGCUCAAUUAACAAAAAAAGAGAAGAAACAACAAAAGAGAUUAGAAAAGAAAGAAAUUAAAGAGAAAAUUUUACAACUUCAACAAAGAGAAAUUUUAAAUAUUCAAGAAGAAAUUAAAAAUUUAGAAGAAAUAGGUUGUGAAGAGAAUGGGUUAUCAAACUCUACAGCUUCUAUUAUUUCAACAACUUCAAAUACAUCCACAGCAACAUCUUCAUCAACAACAACAACUGCUGCAGUAACUACAAUUACAUCAUUAAAAACCAAACAACAAGAAAGAGCUGAAAAAAGGAAAUUAGCAAAACAAGAGAAAAAGAAACAACAACAACAACAACAACAACAACAACAAAAACAACAACAACAAACUAUUAAAGAUGGAAAUAAUAAUGGUGAUGUAAAAAAUAAUGAAAAUAUUGAAGAAAAAGAAGACGAAGAAAAAGAAGAACAAGAACAAGAGGAGGAGAAAGAAGAAGAAGAAUAUGUUGAAGAAGAAGAGGAAGUUAUAGAUAAUAUUAACAAAGAAAAAGAUGGUGAAGAAAUUUCAAAAAAAUUUGAAAAACUAAGUUUAAAACAAAAAAAACAAAAAAAGAAUCUGGUUGUUAAGGAAUCAACAACGACUUCAACCACAACAACAACUACUACCACUACAACCACAACAUCAAAUAGUGAUGGUAUAAUUGAAAUUGGAUUUGAAAAUGGAGCAAAUGUAACUAAUGAAUCAAUAUCGACAGUAGAAUCAUUAAUUCAAUUUGAAAAGAAUAUAAAAUUACAAUUUCUUAAAAAGAUUGAUGAUGUAAAAAUAAUGGAAAAGAAUUUGAAAAGGUUAUCAAACAAAGUUCAUAGAAUGAAGAAAAGCUCAAAAAAAGAUGAAAUUGAAACACAAAAACAAUUGGUUAUUAAACAAUCUGAUCACAUUAAACAAUUCUAUUUUAGGUUAUCAGAUUUCUUAAAAUCAUUUUCAACUUCGAUUUUAUCAUUAGAACCAACAACAACAACAACAACAACAACAACUUUAAAUCCAUCCUCAACUUCGAUUUUAUCAUUAGAACCAACAACAACAACAACAACAACAACAACAACUUUAAAUCCCUCUUCAACUUCUUUAAAUUCAAUUCUUUUAUCUUUACAUAAAGAGGUUAAAUGUACUAGUGAUAAUAGAUUUAAAUCAUUUGAUGAUUUAGCAAGAAUCUUAACAAGAUCAAUUAGUGGUAUUAGAUUAUUUUUAUUUGGUUCCUCGGUUAAUAGUAUGGCUUUAAAAAAUAGUGAUAUUGAUGUUUGUGCUAAUUUAAAAAGGAAUGAUGAAAAAUUAAUUUUUAUAAUUUCUUCAAUUUUAAAAAAGAAUGGAUAUGAAAAUAUUGUUACAAUUAGUCAAUCAAGAGUACCAUUAAUUAAAUUUUUUGAUGCAAAAUAUGAUAUUCAUAUUGAUUUAUGUAUAAAUAAUCUUUUAGCAAUUGAAAAUUCCAGGUUGAUAAAAUCAUAUUCAAGUAUAGAUAGUAGAAUGGAGCCAUUGUUUAUGUUAAUUAAGACAUGGGCAAAAUCAAAGGGUUUAAAUGAUGCAGCUGAAAAGAGUUUAUCAUCCUAUUCAUAUGCAAAUUUGACUGUUUUCUUCCUACAAACUAGACAACCACCAGUACUACCAUGUCUUCAUAAAGGUAUGAGUCCAAAAACAAAAGAAGUCCUUGUUGAAAAUGUAAAUGUAUCUUAUUUGGAUCCAACCAUUUUCUUAAAUAGUAGUAAUAAUGGUAAUAAUAAUAAUGCAAAUGGAAAUUAUGGUUUCAAAUUAAAUCAAAACAAAGAAUCUGUUGCAGAAUUGUUAUUUGGAUUCUUUGAUUUCUAUUCGAAAUUUGAUUUCGAAAAUUGGAUCAUUGAUAUUAGAAGAGGUGAAGCUGUUCAAUUGAAAUCUCGUAAAGAAAUUAAUUCAACACCUGCAAAUAUUUACAUUCAAGACCCAUUCAUUUUCGAUUUCAAUCCAAGUAAAUCCCUAAGUGAAAAGAAUUUUAUAAAAUUCAAUACAGAAGUUCGUAAAGCAGCCUUCCUUCUAUCAAAAGGUGUUGAACUCUAUGGUAUUAGGGAUUUAAUUAUGGGUGAUUCUGUUUUAUCUUUAUCAAGUAAAUUAAAAUCUUUUGAAUUACAAGAAAGAUUGAUAAAACAAAAUCCUCAAUAA